AUGUUCGAAGCCAGCAGCAACAUCGCGAUCCUCUUCCUUCUAAGCAUCCUCGCACAGAUACUACUCAGGGUGUGUCGAGAACGUGAGAGUCAAGCCAUGGUCGCCAGGGUCGGCAGCCCGGUGAUGUUGUCGGCAGUCAGCUCUGGCGACGAGCCACAGAAGCUCAAUCUCUCAGGUGACGGGACGCCAGGUGCCGAGAGUACAGAAUCAGACCAUGACGAGAACAAGAACGUCUACGACAGGAUCGACUCCUUGAUCUCCCAGGCCCGCUCGAGAACAACCAAUAUGAGCGAGAUCAUCAGCGAAGCCAACCCCGAGAUCGCCGACGCCGCAGCAAUCUACCUACAGGCGGCGGAAGACCUGCUGAAGUUGCGCUUCAAUCCGGGCGAGGAAAGAACCCGCGCAGAGCUGCACGCCCUCGCCGGCCAGCUCAUCCGCGACACAAACGACAAGACCGGCUCGUUGCAGCUUCUGGACCUGUCAGCUUCGCUAGCUGGUGGGGUAAUAGGACUCAUCGUACUGAUCUGGUUUGCCUCGCUGAUGGUAGCCUCGAUCGUGUUCAUGAUGGCAAAGAAGGCCCAGGGCUAA